AUGUCAUCAUCUGCUUUAAAACCUGGUUCAACUAUCUUAGCUUCUACUGUUGCCAACAACUUUGGUGAAGAGAUUAUCAAGAAAGUAGAUUCUUUGAAAAGUUCAUUACCAAAUGGGCCAUUAUUAGUUGGAUUCUUAGCUAAUAAUGAUCCUGCUGCUGAAAUGUAUGCUACUUGGACUAAAAAAAGUUGCGAAUCAAUGGGUUUUAGAUAUGAAUUACGCAGGGUCGAAGAUAGAGAUUUCUUAGAAGAAGCAAUUAUCGAAGCAAAUAGAGAUGACUCCGUCAAUGGGAUAAUGGUUUAUUAUCCAGUUUUUGGUAAUGCUCAAGACCAAUAUUUACAACAAGUCGUAUCAAGAGAAAAAGAUGUCGAAGGUUUAAACCAUGUUUAUUAUCAGAAUUUAUAUCACAAUAUCAGAUUUUUGGAUUCAAAUAAUGAAUUGAAAUCAAUUUUACCUUGUACUCCUUUAGCUGUUGUUAAGAUAAUGGAGUACUUAAAAAUUUACAAUACUCUAUUACCAGAAGGUAAUAGACUUUAUGGUAGAAAAUGUGUCGUUAUAAAUAGAUCAGAAAUUGUCGGUAGACCAUUAGCUGCAUUAUUAGCAAAUGACGGUGCUACUGUUUACUCUGUCGACGUUAAUAAUAUUCAAAAAUUCACCAGAGGUGAAGGUUUGAAAUUUACUAAGCAUCACGUAGAAGAUUUAGGUCCUUAUUCUGAAGAUCUAUUAAAAAAAUGUUGCCAAGAUUCCGAUGUAAUAAUUACUGGUGUCCCAAGUGAAUCUUAUAAAAUCCCAACCGAAUAUAUCAAAGAUGGUACUUCCUGCAUUAAUUUCUCAUCAUUUAGAAACUUUGAUGAUUCUGUUAAAACUAAGGCUUCAUUAUAUGUGCCAAUGACAGGCAAAGUCACAAUCGUUAUGCUUCUGAGAAAUAUGCUAAGAUUGAUUGAAAAUAACCAAAAACUACACGGCAAAUAA